AUGGAUGUCACAACCGAUAAAUUUACGCUCGAGGCCGAGCCCGGAACCGAUAUAUGGAAGAAGCCGCCGGCUACAGAUGUAUCGAAUGCCCCUAUCGCCCGAGCAUCGUCGGGCCUGCUGACAAAGUUCCGAUCGGCCAGGACGACAUUUUGGGGACCCUGGACGGAACGGUACGAUCAAGCUGGGCUGGUCUUAGUACUCAAACACUCGUCCUCUACCCAGCCAGCCAAAUGGGUCAAGUUGGGGCUGGAGCUAUAUAAUGGCAAACCCCAUCUCAGCACCGUGGCCUGUGACCGCUGGGCCGAUUGGAGCAUCGUCCCCCUUGUCGAAGAUUACUCCAAGUCGGGACUGACUUUGGAGGUAGUCCGGGAGGCAGAUGAGCUUGGAAAAAGUGCGUGGGUUUAUCAUCUUGUCCUCGACGAGAGCGGCAAAGUGAAAGAAAAGCGUCCAAUGCGGGAGAUCUGCUGGUUCUUUGCCGACGAGGAUGAGACUGGGGGAGAGGAGUGGAUCUUGGAUGUUAGUCCACUGGUUGCUCGCCCGGAAAAGAAUGCCAACGCAUCGCUCAAGGUUGAUUUCAGUGAGUUCCAAGUCAAGUGGCAUACAUAG